UGUUUUGUUUUUUCUCUCUCUUCCUGACGCGUGAAUCAAGGCCAGUAGGAUUUUUUUUUUUCCUCCCCUUCUUCUUCUUCCUGUGAGGAGAUACCCAGGGGGGGCCCUCGCACGCACGCUGGACCUUCAUCCCUCCCCUUCUGCUGUGAGAAUUUACCGAUCAGGUCCCACACACACGCGCCGGGUCCGCCGAUCCACGAGACGAGCCUUUCGGUCAUGCUGCGCACCUGCCAGACCUCCGCUGCCGGACCGGACUGCUGAGCCAGAAACAGAAAAAAGAAAAAAAACAAACAAACAGGAAGGCAACUUUUGGGGGAAGAAGUUGCCGUCAGAUCGAGCUGCUGAAGCGAGGAAAGGGGUGGAGGAGGGGGGGCAAAGUACAAGUCCCUCCAUCGAGAAGAAGCACCUUUAUUAUUAUUUUUUUCUUCUUCAGUUGUCGACCCCUUGAUCGGAAGGCGAAACGGCGACUUCAGUUGAUUAUCUGUCUUUCCUUUGCUAUCCAAUGGAUAUUCACUGCAAAGCAGACCCCUUCACAGCGAUGCACCGGCACGGAGGUGUGAACCAGCUCGGCGGGGUGUUUGUGAACGGCAGACCCCUCCCGGACGUGGUGAGGCAGCGGAUAGUGGAGCUGGCCCACCAGGGCGUCCGGCCCUGCGACAUCUCCAGGCAGCUGCGGGUCAGCCACGGCUGCGUCAGCAAGAUCCUGGGCAGAUAUUAUGAAACCGGCAGCAUCAAACCGGGCGUCAUCGGAGGGUCUAAACCCAAAGUGGCCACGCCGAAGGUCGUGGAGAAGAUCGCAGAUUACAAGAGACAGAACCCGACCAUGUUCGCGUGGGAGAUCAGAGACAGGCUGCUGGCGGAGGGCGUCUGCGACAACGACACCGUGCCCAGCGUCUCGUCCAUUAACAGGAUCAUCCGAACAAAAGUCCAGCAGCCUUUCCAUCCGUCUCCUGACGGGACGUCCCUGUCGACGCCGGGCCACACUAUAGUACCGAACACAGUGUCUCCGCCUGUAACCAGCGCCUCCAAUGACCCGGCGGGAUCCUACUCCAUCAACGGGAUUCUGGGUAUUCCGCGGUCCAAUGGGGAAAAGAGGAAAAGAGAUGACGAUGGUUCAGAUGGUUCUGGCCCAAACAGUGAUUCUCAGGGUAGUGUGGAGAGUUUACGGAAACACCUUAGGGCAGAUGCCUUCACCCAGCAGCAGCUGGAAGCGCUGGACCGGGUCUUUGAGCGCCCCUCGUACCCUGACGUCUUCCCUACAUCGGAGCACAUCAAGCCGGAACAGGCUAAUGAGUACUCGCUCCCUGCCCUGAAUUCCAGCCUGGACGAAGUCAAGCCCAGUUUAUCCUCUAGCGCCAACCCAGACCUGGGCCCCAGUGUGUCGCAAAGCUACCCUGUAGGUCGAGAUAUGGCCAACACGACCUUACCUGGGUAUCCCCCUCACGUUCCGCCCACAGGCCAGGGCAGCUACCCAACCUCCACGCUCGCUGGAAUGGUUCCUGGGAGCGAGUUUUCGGGGAACCCCUACAGUCAUCCACAGUACACAACCUACAAUGAAGCCUGGCGAUUCAGCAACCCAGCAUUACUAAGUUCCCCUUAUUAUUAUAGUGCCGCAUCGAGAGGCUCCGCCCCUCCCACUGCUGCCACUGCCUAUGACCGUCACUAGUUACCAUGGAAACCAAAUCAACCUGCAGGACCAUGGCCUUAGCCUCCAUAUUGCCCCGGUGUGAGCGGCAUGGUCCACUGGACACGGAGCAACUGCGCAUAAAAUGUUCCCGGCUCACACAAUGAGAAACGGGAUUUUUUGGGGGGAGAUUCCGGACGACUUCUCUUCUCUCUCUCUUUCUCUCUCUCUCCUCGCAGCUUUUUUUUUUUUUUUUUUUGGACACUUCAAGCCAAAAAAAAAAAAAUUAUAUCUACAAGACAUCACCAGAGACACUGAAAGACACUGCACACACACACGAUGACAACUGUGGCUAACUGUGGUGGUUUAAAAUAAAAAAAAAAAAACAGAAAAGAAAAAAGACUGAAAAAAAUAUCAGAAUUUAUUUUCCUCCCUUGUAGCAGUUGUCACGGUCUCAUCCCAUCAUGGAUCAAUACUGUACAUUCCUUUUUCUUGACGGCUCUCAGCAGGGAAUGCUGUCCGGAGCUUAAAAAUGUAGCAGCAGCCUUUUUUUUUUUUUUCCUUUUUCCAUUCGUCUCCCUUUCCCGAUUCAGAUGGCAGCACAGUGAGAUCAGACGGAGAUUAGCGGCAGCACAUGCAGGCUGUGGCAGGCUAAUGUUGUUGUUCUGUUUCUUUUUUGUUUUUGUUUUUUUGUUGUUGUUGUUGUUGUUUUUUUUAUCCAUCUGAAACAGUCAACGACCAAACAUCCAGCAUGAGUAAAAAUCGAUCGCUUUUGAUGCCAUGAGAAGAUUAGGACAUGUUCUCUGUGAUACACAAUCAAGAUGUAAAAAAAAAAAAAAGAAAAGACAAAAAAGGAAAAAAAAAUCAAAAUGAAAUAAAUAAAGAGACAUUCGUUUGAAAAAAAAAUAGAGGGAGCCAUGACAGUAUAUCACCAUGGCCCGACUAUUUGCAAGGUUUCAACAAACUAGUAAAUAUAUUCUUAAAAUGAUUUUUUUAUUUCAUUUUUUUAUAAUUCAUAACAACUGAACUGCAGACUGCUUGGCUAGUGUUUUACUACUUCUUAUUUGUCAGGAUACAAGAGGUCGUCAGGCAGAACCUGUCUGUGUUUUCUUUCUCUUUGUUUGUGGUCAUUUUUGCACUAUUUUUGGAGGUUUGCAAACACUGGAGCGUUAUUAUGCAGAAAAACGACGAUGCAUAUUUGCUUUACUUCAUGAAACUUCGACUGUAAAAUCUAAUAAGUCUCAGUCUGAAAAGGCACUUACAGUUUGACGGUUCUUUCCCCCCCCCCCCCCGUAAUCCGAGGCCCCCCCUCCAUCUCGUCACCGCCUUGACAUGCACUACUAUGUUCUCACAGCUUAUGUUUUUAUUUAAGUUGAUUAAGUCUUUGGCAUUCAACCACAGAAAAAAAAGGAUAUAACAGCCAUCCCGAGUCAAACCAAUGUCAUCAUUUGUCUAGUCUGAUUGCCAGGGGCGUCCGGAGUCACUCUGAUUGGUUGAUUCCAGCGACGCCAAUUAACGUAAAAAAGCAGGGCGACGAUUUCUAGCUAAAUGCCUUAAACAUGUUCCCUCCUUACUUCAGCUCCCACACAUGUUUCAGGCCCGAGUUAUUUCUUUGAAUCAAGCUGGAAUGAUGGUUUUCUUCAUCUGUCAAGUGAAUGUAUUUGCAUUUGCCAAAGACUUAGUUCUUGUUAAUGUUUAUUUUACAGGCCGACCUAUAUGCAUCAUGAGAGCAGUAUUAUUAUUAUUAUUAUCAUUAUUAUUAUUAUUACUAUUAUUAUUAUUAUUAUGAGAAAAAAACCCACAUUGUUCAUGAGGAAAAAGUAUAUGUAUAAAUUCUAUGCAGUGCAGAGAUGGUCAUCAUAUGCAUAUUCAGCUGUAAACCUAAAGGUAGGUGGAGUUUAUUUAAUUGUUCUGUUAUUUACAAGAAAUUGUUCAUUUUGUAGAAGGAAUUUUUUGUGUGUGAUGUGAAGACACUUCUCUGUAAAUACAGUAAGAAAAAAUGUCUUUCAUGUUCAUGGGUAUUAUCACUUUCAUUAUGCUGGUCUCCCUUGUACGAUAAUAAAAAAAAGUG